GGGCAGAAAAGUCUUACCUCACACGGCCUCAUGGCUAUUUGACAUUGAUGCAUAAAUACAUAAGAUAAGAAUCGCAUAGUUGUGUCGUGUUAUAGUUUCGCUUGGUUUAUAGAAAUGUUUUUCGCUUUCUAUCAUACUGACUAAUACAUGUCUUUUACUGAAGGCCGUGGAAAUGGAAUAUGACGGAAACGACCUUGAGAGCAUAAUAUCGCUGUCCAUGUUUUAUACCAUAAGCCACACAUCAGGACAUCAACCACAGAACAACCUCAGCGUGACUCUACCUCUUCCGGACAAGUAUACUGGGGAAGGGGAGUUACUCGUUCUGUCCAGAACUGUACCAAAGGGAAGUGAAGAGCAAAGAGAGGAGGAAAGUAAAGGAGAAAAUGAGGAGGAUGAAAAUGAAACAUAUUGGACAAUCCUUGAUACUGUGAUAUCAGUCAACGGCAAUGUUGCAACUUUUUCCACAAACCAUUUUUCAGAAGUUGUAGUUGGUGAAUACACAAAGAACGCACGAAGAUCAAGGGUUAAGAAGCAAACUAAAGUACAUCGCAAAAGGGGCGUUAAGGAUCAAGUCAUAUUUGCUGCAUGGGGCAAGUUUCUUAAUUCGUCAGUUCAUGAUGUAGUUGUUGAAUGCUGCCACAGAAAAAAAUUCAAGAAAAGAUCACAGACCUGGCAGAAGAAAGGUUACUCCUGUCUCAGAAACAGUGGCGAAUUCCAAGGCAAAGCUACGAGUAUAUAUUGUAUCGGUGUCCGUGGCAAUGCAGUGUCAUUGUAUGACAUUUCAACACUAAAGCUCAUCUACAAGCGUGGGAUGACUGGUUUUCAAUCACUGCAUCUUGGAAUCAUGAACGAAAAGUACACCCCCCUCGCAGCUAUAGCGAUCAUGGAUAAAAAGAAAAAUGUAAUAACGUAUCUUCCUUUUGAACUGGAUCAGAAGGUCACCUCUAAGGAGAGCAUGGCGGUGGUACAGAAAGCUGAUUUUGAUGAAAGUGCUGCCAAAGGACAUGGCCAUGAGAACAUCGAAGAUUAUAUCAGAGACACGCUGAUGGACACUUUAUCGAAUGACGUGUUUGAGUCGUGGUGGAAGGUGUGGCUAUAUGCUGGUGUACCGGUUGAAAAGCUCAUGGAUUUAGUCACCAAUCUACAGUUUAAUUCUCUCGGAAGAAGCAAACAGAUGUUCCAGGAAUGGAUCAUAGGUCACGCUGGGAAACCCGACUAUGGACUCCAAGAUCUGAUCAAAGCCCUGAUGCGGGCUGAAUGUCGGUCUGCGGCACAGCAAGUUAUGAAUCAUCUGAAGAAAUGCUUGAACUCCGAGGCAUUUGAAAAGAACUGGUCAAAUACGACUUUCGGUAAAUGGUUGAAGACACAGAAUUUCAAGUUAGAAAUUACUGAAAAUGAGGCAUCGAGACCAAUGUCAGACGUGUUUCUGGUCGACAUACUCCAAUAUUUUGCCGUUGAUAUCAAGUCACUCGGCAUUGAAUGUGGCCUUACGACACAAGAACAUUGUGAAUUGUCGGAACGGCAUCCUUUCGGCCAACAGUUCCAACUGUUUACAGUGCUCUGUAAAGUACGACAGAAGGCACAGCAUCGGCACGAGGGUCUUCGUGUCUUGUUAAAAGCGCUGAAACAACUGGAGCAAAACGACACGAAGAACUGGAUUAUAACCCGUACAAGAAAGUGGCCCGAGACUAAGGAGAAGGACAAACAGAGUGAUGCAGGUUCCUUUCUGGCCGUUAUUGCAGAAUUCAGUGAGAAGACGUGAUGACACACGUCGUUGCAACCACAACGACGAACUGACAACGGCGUUGUUUCAUAUGGACGUCACGGACACUGCCAUGUCCCAGAAUCAUCUCCUUCAUUCAAUGUACAUCCGAAGAUCAUUUUUAUACUUUUCUUGACCAAGCAAACACCUGGUAUCAUCACUGUUUGAUAGUGCUCAAAUACACAAGAUCAUAGUCGGUGGACUAUGCUUUACUUACUGCGAUAGGUGGAUUUCUGCAAAUUGUGACUGGCCAGUACAGGCGGUUUAGCAGGAUCUGCUUAUCCUUUUCCCGAACACCAGGUGUCGUCACUGAUUUUCAGUGUAUUCAUGCAGUAUUCCUAAAUAUGUUGCCUUUCCGCUCACUGAAAUAUGUUUCCUUUGAUACCGACUGGUUAUUCUCUACACUUCGUGUUUUAUACAUGUAAAUGAGAUUUCUUUCAAGCGUAAGUAUUUUUUGUCAUAUAAUCUCGGUAAUAGCCAUGCUGUUCGGUUCUUGUCAAAUAUUAAUCCUUUUUUAAACGACUUAAACACCUGUUGAAAAUGAGAAAUUACCACUGAUAUAUUACUGCUGGGGAAACCAUAAAACUUACGCCAACACGAUGUAUGUCUGACAAUGGGAGCACCCCGGUAGAUCUGCUGGUUUAACAUUAACAAAAUAUAUUCACACAGUGUUCAGUAUUACGUGAGUGAGUGAGUUUAGUUUUACACCGCCUUAGCAAUAUUUCAGCAGAAUCACCGCCGGGGACACCAGCACUAGGCUUCACACACUUUACCCAUGUGGGGAAUCAAACACGGGUCUUCAGCGUUACGAGCGAACGCCUUGACCAUUAGGCUACCCCGCCGCCCUAGUAUUAAGAACAUGAACUAUACAGAGUAGUUUUUCAUACUUCCUUUAAUCUAUGUUGUGCAAAGGUUACCGCUGUGCUUUCUAAACAUAUACACUAUGCAGGUAACAGAGACACUGUUCAUCACAAUGGUCCUGAGCACCUUAGCAUGGUGGUUUGACUUGCUGGUGAGCAAUAUCAUAACCCUAUUCGUAUUUUACGUGGUUAUAUAGUAGUCUUUAAUUUUUACUUAUUUAUUUCUACUUUAAAAACUGAAUAUGUGACAGCGAGUAGCUAUUUUACUGACCUUUAUCAACAGGUUCCUUCGUAUAAGUAGAUAACAGAUGAUUGUAUCGCUGGCACAGUGUGGUGGCUGAAUAAUGCCGAUGUGACUUUAAAUAAUAAUCUCCCUCGUCUACGUAGUACGCAUCAUUGAACAUUACAAUUCUGGGUUGUUUGUUUCAAUGUACGCUUACAUGAGCAUCUAUUUUAGGUUUUGUCGGGUAAGGGCAGCAUUUUUGUAGCAUUUUCUGUGUGUCUCAUCGCUCGACCGACCCUUCUAAUUUUACUGCCCCUACUUAAAAGGCCCGACCCGUUGUGUAUGUCUGUCGCAGUAUACGAACGACUGUCCAACAAUGAAGGGACUGAUCCGACAGAAACGCGAAAUGAAAGAAGCACUCGUAAAAUGUCAAACAUACACAGUACUUAAAUGAUAUUGUUGAGCACGACAACGUGUUGUUUUUAUUGUUGUUGUUUUUAUGGCCGCGGUCUAUAAAUACUCGAGUUUGGACCAUACAAUCCAAUGAUCAACAUCACGAACAUCCAUCUACGUCAGCGAGCCUGACCACUCGAUACCGUCAGUCCCCACAUGUUUUAGCCCGAGCAGAGUUUAUUUGAAUAACUACCGUAGCGAGGGUGAUUAAACGGCUUACACCACGAGGGCAUUCAUUUUUAAUACGCGUGUAAUGUCUUAGGCAUGAUCAAACUGAGUACAUUUUUAUUGUUUUUAAAAAGAAAUAAUUGCCCAAGGGUAGUUAUUCAGUUAUGCUAAUAAAACACUUCCAAGAACAAUGUACAUAAGUUUCCCUUGUAGUUUAAGUUACGUAAGAUGACGCUUUUAACAGUACAGCUUUAGGAGUCCGGAAACCCGACGUGAUGCUCAUAAUCGCUCGAACGCCUAGACCAUUACUGCCUGUCGGCACAGCGAGUUCUGACGACUUUGAGUGAGUGAGUUUAGUUUUACGCCACACUCAGCAAUAUUCCAGCUAUAUGGCGGCGGUCUGUAAAUAAUCGAGUCUGGACCAGACAAUCCA